AUGAAAGUCAGUUAUAUAUUUUCCUUUUUUUUGUUAUUCUUCGUAUAUAAAAAUACAAACACUGUCGUUUGUGAUAAUGGAUAUGGAGAUUUAGCAGCAACAAGUGCCUUAACCACCGUUAUUAAAGAUCCAAUUAGUUUAACCAUUAAAGAUCUUUAUGAACACGGAGUAAAAAACCCAUUUACUAAAAUAAUCCACAAAUUAAAAAAAUUUAUUCGUUAUAGAAAAGUUUUAAGAUGGUCACGUAUGUGGUGGGUAUUGUUAGUAAGAGAAAUUGUUGGAGAUAACACCAUCGAAAGAAAAACAGAAAAGGCCUUGAGAGAAAUAUGGGACCAAUGUACCAUCGCUGUUUACAACAACACAUUAAAUGCUGUAGAAUCCAAACCAUUAUUAUUUUUACAUGGUAUAUUAAAUGAAUGCAGAAACAACUUUGCCACAAAAUUAAGACAAGAUCCAAGUUUAAUAGUAGCUAAAAUUGAUCAAAUAAUAAAAUCACAAAUAUAUCGUUUCUGGGUAUCAGAACCAUACUUAAAAAUCGGAAGAUCACACACUUUAUAUACACAUAUAACACCAGAUGUCGUACCACAAUUACCAAAAGAAUGUACAUUAAAACACUUAUCAUCCUAUAUGGAAGAGAAAUUGAAAACUAUGGAAUCAAAGAAAAAUAUAGAAAGUGGAAAAUAUGAGUUUGAUGUAGAUUCUAGUGAAACAGAUUCCACCAAAGACGACAGUAAACCAGAUGACGACGAUGAUGAUGAUGACGAUAAUUUCGAUGAUGAUACAGUAGAAGAAGAUGAAGCAAGUGGAGAUUUAUUUAAAGAUGAAAAAAAUGAUGAAAAGAAAGAAUAA